GUUGCAACUUCUUCGAAGUAAAACAAGUAUGGCUGCCGAAAGCGAUUUUCUGGCAGAGAAUAAUCAGUGCGGUCAGACGCUACUGAAACUUGUUAGCCGAGGAAAUGCAAUUGUUGCAGAACUUUUAAGACUUACGGACUUCGUUCCUCCAAUCUUCAAGUUGGAAAGCAGAGAAGACAAGGAAAAAUAUGGAGAGAUCCUGCCAGACUUCAGCUACUUCCGGUCAAUUGACCUGUUUGAACACAAGUUGAACAGCCGACCAGAUUUGCAAGACUUAGAUGAAGUUUUUAAAGAAACCCAUCUUGAGAUACUUACUCGUUUCUAUCAUGUGUUUGAAAGCAUUUACAAAUAUGUCACAGAUUUAAACAGGUUUCUGGAAGACCUGGGUGAAGGGGUGUACAUUCAACAAACUUUGGAGACAAUUCUACUGAAUGGAGAUGGAAAGCAACUUGCUUGUGAAAUCUUGUUUCUGUAUGGAGUUAUGCUUAUGAUUGCUGAUAUGAGAUUUGAAGGGGAUGUUAGAGAACGAAUGCUUGUGGCUUAUUACAGAUAUUGCUCAUCAGUGUCUACUACUGAUUCAUAUGUGGAUGAUGUGUUGAAACUGUUAAGAAGUACCGGGUUUUCUGCCAAUCCAAAUGCCAAAAGACCACCAAAGUAUCCUGAAGAGUACUUCAUGCGAGUACCAAUCUCAAGCACAUUCAUUGACAUGGUUGUUGGACGGUUAAGAUCAGAUGAUAUUUACAAUCAGAUUGCAGCAUACCCGUUGCCCGAACACAGAAGCACGGCCCUGGCCACACAGGCCUCAAUGCUAUAUGUCAUUCUUCAUUUCUGUCCCGACAUAUUGCACAAUCAACAAGCAAAGAUGAGAGAAAUAGUUGACAAGCAUUUUCCUGACAACUGGGUGAUCAGUGUGUACAUGGGUAUAAUCGUUAAUUUGAUUGAUGCUUGGGAACCUUACAAAGCUGCCAAAAAUGCAUUGAACAACUCCCUUGAUGCCCAGAGUGUUAAAACCCACGCAACAAGGCAUUUGCAGAAAGUCAGAUCUCUGAAUGCAGAGGCACUGCAAUAUUUGAAGGAAGGAGUGUUGGUAGAGCAAUUUAUACUUGAUUCAAUACCAAAGCUGAUGAACUGCCUACGAGAUUGCAACGUGACAUUAAGAUGGCUGAUGCUUCAUACUGCAGACAAAGUUGGAGAAAAUUCAAAAAAGGCCCGUCAAGUGAAGGAAUCAAUAAUUGGAUUGGGUUAUAAUCCAAAGUUUGUGUUUGAACUGAUGCUUAACAUUGCUCAAUUUGAGUUUGUCCUGAAAGAGGCUUUUAAGAAAAUGCUGUCACAGAAGCAAGACAAAUGGGAAAAGUGCAAAAAGGAGAGUGUGGAGCGGAUGACAGAACUCAGCGAUGUCUUCUCGGGAACGAAGCCCCUGACUAGGGUUGAAAAAAAUGAAAACCUCAUGGCUUGGUUUCAGGAAAUGGGGAAACAAAUCGAAUCUUUGAGUUAUGAAAACUCAACAUCUGCAGGAAGGAAGAUUGUGCAGUUAAUUCAAGCACUUGAGGAGGUUCAAGAAUUUCACCAACUUGAAAGCAACUUGCAGGUCAGGCAGUUUCUGCUAGACACCAGGCAGUUUCUUCAUCAGAUGAUUCGCACGAUCAACAUCAAAGAAGAAGUGAUGAUAACAGUUCAGAUAGUUGGUGAUCUUUCCUACGCUUGGGAGAUAAUGGAUAGUUAUACACUACUAAUGCAGCAAGGAAUCAAGUCAAGUCCAACUUUAGUGAAGAAACUCCGAGCAACAUUUUUAAAGAUGGCUUCAGCACUAGAUCUGCCUCUGGUGCGCAUCAGUCAAGCGAACAGCCCUGAUCUUGUCAGUGUUUCACAGUAUUACUCGGGUGAACUUGUCGCAUACGUGAGAAAGGUUCUGCAGAUUAUUCCUGAAUCGAUAUUCUCGCAGUUAGCUGCCAUCAUUAAUAUUCUCACGCACAAAAUGAAGGAGGUUCCCACCAGAUUGGACAAAGACAAAAUGAAAGAUUAUUCUCAACUUGAUGAGCGGUAUCAGGUAGCAAAAUUGACCCAUUCGAUUUCACUUUUUACCGAAGGAAUUCUUAUGAUGAAGACCACACUGGUUGGCAUCAUCAAGAUUGAUCCGAAACAGUUGCUUGAAGAUGGUAUUCGCAAAGAGCUCGUCAAGCAGGUUGCCGCUGCGCUGCACUCAGGGCUUAUCUUUUCACCAAAGAUCAAGCCUGGAGAACUGCAGCAACGUCUCAAGCAGUUGGGCAGCCGCAUGGACGCUUUCAAAAGAUCCUUUGAGUACAUCCAAGAUUACGUUGACAUGCAAGGGCUGAAGAUUUGGCAAGAAGAGCUUUCGCGAAUUGUCAACUACAACAUCGAACAAGAAUGCAACAGUUUCUUAAGAGUCAAGGUGAUGGACUGGCAGUCAAUAUAUCAAUCAAAGACCAUUCCGAUUCCACGUUUCGCACCUGUCGACGAGUCUGUUAACUUUGUUGGAAGACUAGCACGAGAGGUUCUGAGAAUAACAGAUCCGAAGACCACACUAUAUUGUGAUCAGAUGAACGCUUGGUAUGACAUGAAAACAAGAGAAGAGCUACUCAAUUCGACCAUUUUCUCUUUGAUUCAGAAAAGCUUGGAUACACCAGGUUUGGUUGGCCUAGACAGACUGAUGUCCUUUAUGAUUGUUCGCGAGUUACAGAAAUUUUCAAUUUUUCUGCAAAACCAUAUGAUGAAAGAUCAGACUGUAGCAACUCAAAUGGGAUCUUUAGUAAAACAAGUAUCGCCAAUCAGAAGUCUAGUUGCCAACCCACAAAAAGUGUACAAUACAGUUUAUCAGAAAAUGGCAAAGUGGUGGCCACAGUACACAGAAUUUGUUGUCAAAGUUGGUCAAAUGCAGAUUAUCAGAUCACAGAUUGCAUACGAGCUUAAUGUCUCUUGCAGAUUUGAUUCGAAGCUCUUAGCUAGCGCACUCCAGACUUUCAACCAAGCUUUGAUGAAAGACAUUGCAGCUCAUUAUCACGAUCCGAAUCUACCAUACCCCGAAGAAGAAAAUCCACUUCUUUAUGAGCUAACAUCUUACUUGGAAUCAACGGGCAUUUCAAAUCCAUUUGCAAAGAUUUAUGUCACCAACAAAAGAAUCCCGUCAUUUUCCCUCUUCAAUAUGGUUUAUGUGAUAUCGCAAAUAGGCAAACUGUCCUAUGUGAAGGGUCUAAGUAGCAUGAUGCCAAAGAAUCUCAAAGACCCACUGGACAGCAUGCCGUUCACCAUUGGCCUACUUACGAUUCUUAAGCAAUACCAUAGUGAAUACACAGAAGAUUUCAUCGCACUGAUUGGUCAAUACGCAAGGUCCUCAGUAGAGGCUAAUGCUACAAGCCCAAAGACAACUGAACUAUCCCCGGAAGUUGUUUGUGUGUUGAAAUUCCUGGAAGAUUUUGCGCACCAUGCUAAACUUCCGAGAAAAAUGAUCGAAUCACAUAUACCGGCUUAUUUGCUGGACGACUUCAAGUUCCAAAGCACAACAUAGCAGAUCUUGAUUGGCGUAGAUCAGUAGAGUUAAUUCCAAAAUGACGUCAUCCUUGAUCCAGAUGAAGAAAUGAUUCUAAUAGCGGCGUUCAGAUUAAUUAUUUUGCUUGUUUCGUAAGUUGGCUUUUCCAGACACUGUAAAUCGUCAGUCUAGUCCAUUUUCCGCCGAUUUAUAAUUAUAUUGCGUGUAGAAGCAGCGGUUUUAAAAGAGAAUUGAGACUUCAUGGCAUCGAGACAUUUUCCUGGAGACACGUCAAUGAAUCGUCAGAUAUAUUGGGGUAUGAGUUGAGGGUAUGAAUAGAGCUACAGUACUUAUUCAAUUAUCCGGUCUUCUCGGGACAUUUGAUUUCAAGAUUCGUGCGGAUAAUCCGAAAUUCCCGAUAAUUGAAAAUAUACGGCAGAAACCAGCGUAAAUAAAAAAAAGAGUGUUGUGAAAGUUUGUUUCUAAGCAAACAUUACAAUCCAAUGCACCGAAUACUCUUAAAAUACUAAUAAAAUAUUUAAAAUGGAAAGCAAGAUAAACGCUCGCGACAUAUUAUCAAAAAUGCCGAAAAUUUUUCCUAAGGUUUUUUCACAUUUUUCACGGACCAGAUAAACGAAGUUCGGAUAAACGGUAGGUCGGAUAAAUUUGAUGGUUACCGUACUGUUAAGAAGGCGGUUGAAGGGCUUGUCAAGCCAAGCUGCUACUAAUAUGCUUUUCAAUAACAUUCCACUCUUUCAUAUCACAAAAUGAGAAAGAAAAACUGUUUACACUACCUAGUUGAAUCGCAUGGAUUUCAUGAAUACCGUAGUCUCUCCCAUUGUCUACUUUCCCAUUGAAAAUUUGAAAUUGCGGGUCAAGUGAUUGGGUUAGUGCCACGCCCUCUGUGUGCCUGCAUAUGUUUAUUGCAGUUCCUUGUUAUCAACACGAAUUAUAAUCGCAUCAGCCGAAAAAAUCGAGAUUAUUGUUUUGCAUAAGGACUUUGUGGAAAGAGGAUCCUAGUAUUUGAUCAGCAAAGACGGGUUUUAGAGGCGGGGAUUGGGGUGAAGUGUAGGCAAUGAUCGAAUUUUUGCGAUACUCACUUCAGGUGCCUGGAAACAAUAGAAACGCCCAUUUUAACAGUUUCAUUGUUAACUACAGAUAGAUAAGAUAAGAUAUAUAAAGUAAAAUUAUGGCGUCAUUUGAUUACUGCUUACUACCAAAAGUAUUUUACCGUAUCAAAGCAAGAUUAGCUAAAUGACACAAAAAUAUUGGUUGAUACAGUUUGGGGGUUAUCGCUCUUCCACGCCCUUCCACGCUCUUUUAUAAGUCUGUUCCUCUUGAUCAGCGACACACUGAACACAGGUACACCAAAAGAUCUGUUUGGUAAUCGUUUUGAGAUUACAAGUCAUAAUCGGAAGGUUCUUAGCAUUUGUUGAAUUGCCUCCUUAUUCAUAUUUGAAAGAAAUUUCAACGUUUAUGUUAUUUCAGAAACCUUCAGGCGACUUCGUUGCAGCGUGCUUGACUUUCUUAAUCGAUUCUCUAUUAGGCCUAGUUAACUGAACCACACAAACUAUUGAAUAACGAUAUUUCAACUACAAAUUGUAUCAUGUUCAUAAUAAAUUGUAUGAAAUUCGAAGCACUGAUUGGUAUUUUUUGUGACUUAAUUUGAGUUUGAUUCUAAAUAGAAAUUAAUCAACAGACAAAGA